UGUACUCAUUAAACAUUAUUCCCUAGUAAGAAAUGAUUCUUCUUCUCCUCUUCUUCUCCUUCUUCAACCUAGCAACCACCUCUGAAUUAUGCUUUGAUUCUCACUGUACUGGUGAUUAUCAGACGAUUCGGUUCCCUUUUAGGAUUGUAAAUGGCCAACCAAAGUCUUGUGGCUAUCCUGGCUUUGAUUUGUCUUGCCAUCCCACAGGUGAAACGUUGCUUCAUCUUCCUCCUUCUGGAGAUUUCAUUGUUCAAAAUAUAGAUUAUAUGCAUCAAGAAAUAAGGAUCAAUGAUCCAGACAAUUGUCUUCCUAAAAAGAUUCUCUCCCUCAAUCUUUCUGGAUCACCAUUUGUCAAGAAAAAUAGUCAAAGUUUUGCCUUCUAUAAUUGUUCAUCUAGUUACAUGCCAUAUUGGUAUAUUGAUCCAAUUUAUUGCCUAAGUAGCCUUUCAUACACAGUCUAUGCUUCAUCUUCUCCAUUACUUAUAAACAUGUUUGAAUCAAACUGUGUUAUGAUAAAAACUGUUUCAGUGCCAUCUUUAUCUUCUUAUUCGUCGAAGCUGUGGGAUGAUCUUCUGUUAAAAUGGAAAAAUCCUGAUUGUGGUAGGUGCGAAUCAAUUGGUCAAAGAUGUGAACUCAAAUCCAAUUCAAGCAAUGGAAUUCAAUGUACAAACUCUCAAGGUAGAUCAAGAGUUGGUGCCAAUGUUGUGUCUAUAGCAAUGGGAGUGGUAGCUGCUGUCAUAUGCUUUUUGGGUCUCUUGUGCUGCCUCUGUUUCAAAAUAAAUUUUCGUAGGACACGUAGUAAUUCCAGCAAUAUAGCCCAUUGGAUCGUAUCUUCUCAGGGCCUAAAUGGGCUGACAAUUGAUUCCUACCCAAAAUUUGUAUUGGAUGAAAGCUUAAGCCUACCAAAGCCCAAUAACAAUGUUUGCCCAAUUUGUUUGGCCCAAUAUCGGCCCAAAGAGAUUGUGAAGAGUAUACCCAAUUGCCAACAUUGUUUCCAUGAAUGUUGUAUUGAUGAAUGGCUCCGAUUGAAAGCUUCUUGCCCUGUUUGUAGGAAGUCUCCCCUUGAAGCUCCACCCUCCAACCCCCCUGCUUAGCACUACAUCAAUAUCUUUGUCACCUAAAUUUCUAUUACCAAAUUUGUUGCAUUUUUUUUUUUUAUAAUUUGAACCUAUCCAUCUCUCUCAGUUUGGGAUGAUGUACUAAAAUCGAUCCAUAGAAUUGGAUCUAACACUUUUGCUGAGGAACAA